AAAGAACAUAAAGUAAAAGACGAGGGAGAAAAGAAGCUGUUCGGUAAAUCAUAGUAGUAGGUAUUGGGGGUCAGGUGGGAAGCUUGGUAUUCUUACGCACAAUAUUGUGCUCUCGACUAUCAGCUGUGCAUCAACUGUUCUCUACAUUUCCUCUGAACAUCUCAUCCGACUUGGCUUCAGGAACAAAUAACUCCAAUCUCUCAACAUGAUGUCUCCUGCUCCUACUCAAAAGACACCCCUAUGGCUUGAUUGCGACCCGGGCCAUGAUGAUGUAUUUGCCAUUCUCUUUGCCGCUUAUCAUCCUGGCAUUAAUUUAUUGGGCAUUUCAACCGUGUUUGGCAAUGCUCCACUAGAAACCACUACUGUGAAUGCAGCCUCAAUUCUCACAUCCAUAGGCAAACAUAAUGACAUCCCCAUAUAUGCCGGUGCCUCCCAAGCCAUCGCUCGUCCGCCGAUGAAUCCUCCAACUAGUAUUCACGGUAAAACUGGUCUCGACGGAACCGACCUUCUUCCCCAACCUAAGCGCGAUCCUAAGUGGACGGAGAGCGCGACCGCUGCCAUGGCGGCUGCCCUCCUAGCCCAGCCCGCCGAUACUGCGGUUGUUGUGGCCACAGGUCCAUUGACGAAUAUCGCAAUCCUUUUCCGUGACUACCCGCAAUUGGCUGGUCAUGUUAAGUGUUUAAGCCUCAUGGGAGCCGCCUUUGGAGGUGGCUUUACUGAUGUAUCACUUGGUACAGUUGAUGACCCAAAUCGUAUCGGAAACUACACGCGUUGGGCAGAGUUCAAUAUCGUUGCCGACCCGGAAGCUGCCGCCCAGAUUUUCAGUGAUAACAUUAUCGCAGCGAAGACAACAGUUAUUCCGCUAGAUCUAACCCAUCAAGUCCUAGCAACCGAGCGGGUGAGAGACCUUCUCUUGUACGGAAAGAGUGGUCAGAGAAACGGAAAGGCAAAGACCACGUUACGCCAGAUGCUGGUGGAGCUCCUUAUGUACUUUGCGGACACAUAUGCCGAUGUGUUUGGCAUAACGGUUGGUCCUCCACUUCAUGAUCCGAUCGCAGUGGCCGCCGCACUCAUUGGCACCCCAUGGGAAAUUAGUUUUCAUGAUUCAGAUGAUCAGGGGUCCAAACAAUCAGAGAGGUUUUCCGUAACUGUGGAAACUAAAGGCUCAUACAAGGAUGCCGUAGAAGGCAAAACGAUGACUGGAAUGACAAUGCAAAUACCGUUGGAGCCAGGGAGUGACGGUGUCACAAUCCCCCGAAGCUUGGACUUCUCUCAUUUCUGGACCGUGCUAGAGGAUUGUAUUGAAAUGGCGGAUGAAAAAGUGAGACUGGAGUUCGCAUGAGUCCUAGGCCAUACUCUAGCCAACGUGACAACCUUGGCAAGUAGCUAGGUUGCUAUAUCUAAUUCUCUGAGCCACCCUGCGGUACUUGGUAUUUAAAAGUCUUGUAGCUAAUUGGAAGCUAUUUUACCUGUUGACUAACCGUUUGGCGGUGUAGCGAUACGAUAAUUGCAUCUAGAUGCCAUAGGUUGGUAUCUUUAUAUCACCACUCUAGGUACAAAUUCGCCUCCGGUAGCGAUAUAUGGUGGGAGGAACAAGCCGUUUGCUGCUAUAUACGGGGUGAUGUUAGUUAAUCCGCAGGAUUCUGCUGAGCGAAUACCUAAAAUUGCUCCAUAGGCGUGUCCUAUGAUGUAUUUUGGUGAUUUUCCCUAGCCGAAUUGGACGCCGAUUCAUCGAAGUUGUCGAUAUUCGGCAGAAGCUCUUGGGCUAUCAAAUCCAUCAACAAAAUUAUAACUUUUCUGCUGCGAGGCACUUCGAUUGGUUAAUUUCUU